UUUGCUGAAACCGCUAGGGAGAUUUGGAAGGUGUAAUUUGCAGAAGAUGUCGCAUGAGAAUAUCAAAGAUUUUGGUAAAUCAGUGUACGGGAAAGCUCCUGGUAUAGUGUUCAGUUAUCACGGAGACGAUGAGAAAGAAGAUCAGGUUCAAAAACGACCUGAGCAGGAUGAAAACAAAUCUAAAUACAUUACUGCGCCUAAAGCGCCCCUUCGUGCUUCCUUUGGAAAUAUUUCUGUUGCAAGCCUAAAGCGGAGUUUGAAAGAGCAACUUGUGGAAAAAGAAAAAAAGAUGGAGCACGAAUCAAAGUGUCUUACGGAUCAAAGUCAAACACCGCCAAUACCAAACCAUGGAAGAGUGUUUGAUAACCAGAUACUCUCUGCAGGUUCGUCGCUAUAUUCUAAAAGGAAAACCAGUGUUGUAAAGAACACUGACCAUGUUCAAACUAAAGCAAGCCGAGAAAAGGUUAAUUUGAACAAGUCUGUGACGAUAAAGAAACCCUUGUUGGACGAUCUGAGUGGGGUUUCCGUUAAGGACUUAUCUACUAACUUAAUCAGACUCAAAUUGAAGAGAGAUAGAGAGGCAGAAAGACCCAUUAGUGAUCAGGGAGAUAUUGAAGAACAUGAGUCAUCCGAAUUUCCUCAUGAGCAUUGUUUAUCCUGUUUUCACAAGAAUUGCAACGAAAUGAAAGAUUGCCCUCUGGUGAAAUGCAAGAAUAAGUGUGAUGAAGCUAUUUUUCAUAGGUGCAAACAACGAGAACAUGAUGAAAUGUGUAAACAUACUAUCAUUUCUUGUAUCAACAAAACUAUCGGAUGCCGGAUGGAAAUGCCGAGACACAAGCUCUGGUAUCACCUAAAGCAUUGCACUAAAAUGACGGAAACAGUCUUAAGGUAUCCAAGCUUCAAUUGCCAUCGACACUCUGGUGACUAUCAGCAAGCGCUUUCUCCUAACAGACCAACUGUAAAACAUAAGGACAUACACGAACAUUGUCUCCAUUGUCACAAAAUCAGCUGCUCAGAGGAGCCAGAGUGCAUGAUCAAACGAUGUUCUAACAAAGGGUGCUCGAUGAAAUUACAUGCAUGUAAAAUCAAAGAUCACAAACGAAUUUGUCUAUUUAAGGAAAUUCCCUGCAUCAAUAAAGAAUAUGGAUGCCAAUAUAAAAUUUCCAGAAUACUUCUUACAGAACAUUUACGUACUUGUCCAGUCAUGAAUUUUAAAGCUUUGGGUCUACCCCCAUAUAAUAUUUUGCAGAAUAUCAACGAGCAAAGCCACCAUUGUGAAAACUGCUACAACAGUAACUGUACAGUUCUCGUGGACAAAAAUUGCAUGAUGAAGGAAUGUGAUUGUGGUGCUCUUCUGCAUGCUUGUAAGUGGGAAGACCAUUAUGAAAACACAUGCCCCGCAUUCGUCAUGUACUGCAUAAAUUUCGACGCAGGGUGCAAGAUGAUCCUCACCCGUGGCAUGCUAACAACACAUCUUUUCCACUGCCCCGCUAUGAAUUGGGAACAACGAAAACAGUUACAAAGCGAGGAAGACUUAGUAAAAUCCGAUUAUCCUAACAUCAACACAGAAUUAGAAUCCACGGUCAACCUUGAUUCAGAUGAACAUGUUUAUGAAAAAUUGCCAAAACGUAAGAAAAAAGGCAGAAAAAACUGCAGAGUAAUGUAAGAGUUAGAAAGACAACAACAAUACUCCUCUUUCGUUUUUGGUUCAGGAAUUCAAAAGUGAUAAGUUUUCAUCAACGGUGAAACACAUAUGAAAAUAUUACAAUCAAUUUUCAAAUCAAUCUGCUUCAUGUUGAAAGAAUUUAAUGUUAUGAAGAAAAGAUAAAACGCAAGACAAAAAGUAACUGCAAAGUAAUGUAAGAGUUAAAAAGAUAACACCCCUGUAUAUUGUUUUAUUCUUAUUUUUAUCAUUUUUAUUACUUCGUGAAUAGCUAAGCCUCGUAAGCGAUGGAACAUAUGUGAUGACAUUACAAUCUUUCAUAUUAAUCUGCUUCAUUUUGAACGAAUUUGAUAUUUUCUUACUCAAAGAUGCUUUAGCGAUGAAGUCCUAUUUUUUAAAAGUAGUCAAAGAAAGAAUUUAUUAUUAUGAGAUUGGUCACUGUUCGUGAUCUUCACCUUUUUCUGAAAUACAAUUAUACAUGUAUGUAACAGACAGAAAUCGUUUAAUCGGGAUUUUUUUAUGGUACUCAAUGCUCAAAUUUUGAUAUGAAUAUUAAAGAUAUCAAUCUAGGUAUUUUUGUAAAUCACAUGUAUCAUUUUUAAUAAAAAUGCUUAUCAGAUUAACUCAGAGAAUUCUUAUAAGAUUGUAAUAUGUAUGAAAAUUUCAAGGAAACAUUUUUAUACUCUUAAAUGGUAUGACAUUUCAUUCCGCAUUGCGCGAAUGUUUAAAAGACAUAAGUGUAUGUAUAAAUAGCCUUCCUCACGUCCGGCCUGUAAGUGGUACACUCGAUGAUGUAAUGCCGAAAUGUUAUCAAUUGUCAAAACAGUGUGCUUCAAUAAGCUAUUUAAAUGCAAGAUUUUAUCAAGCAUUCUUUCAAAUGAAACCUUAAUCUUAUACAACUUUAAAUCGGAGAGUACUUGUCAUUCUCGCAGAUAUAGAUACUACACGAAAAUAACCAAAUACAUACGAAAUUUAUGGUACAUCUACACUAGCUAUGUUUUCAAAUACUUAUGAAAACGGUGUUAUUCAGCGAAACUUUAUUUACACGUUUUGAUACCAGAAUCAAGUUUCACAUGUCUCUCAACUGAUUCGAUACGCAAGAGCUAGUUCUGCAUAUGAUCAGUUUUUGAAUCGGACAAGGAAAGUUGAGUCAAAUGCUGUCUGAAGUGUUUCACACCAAACGUUAGGCCGUUCUUGGCACACUGAUUUUGACUUCGGAUUACUCCAUUUACCUGAUCAAGAUAUUGGCCCCACGGCGGGUGUGACCGGUCGACAGAGGAUGCUUAAUACUCUGACGUUAUGUUUUCUGGAAUGUUGAUAUAUUCUAUUUCAGGGUUUGAUAUCUGUGGGGUUUUUCUGGAUAGGGGUGGAAGUGGUAUGAUUACAUUUAAGAUGUUUAGUCAAGUUUAUCAUUGUCUCUCGUUGUCACUGACCACCAUAUAUGUGUACAAUUUUUCGCUGUUUACCGAGUAUUUUUAAAUAAAUUACAUUU